GGUCCGUUUCUUGCCGGCGUAGGCGGCGGCUGCAGCUGCCGCUGGGAGGGAAGCGGAGCGCGGAGUAGGGCUAGACCGGGCCGGGCCGGCCCGCGCCCCGGCGAGGAGGCGGGGACGGGCUCUCGGGGGCCCCCGGUGCCGCAGCUCUCGGCGAGACUCCCCCAGGGCACGCGGCGGCAUGGGCGCCUCGCCCCCGGUUUGGCGCAGCGGGUGAUGCCGUUCCCCGCAGGGCAGGGGGGACGAGGCGGCGGGCGCGGGCCGCGCCGGAGGGAGUAGAUCCGGCCGGUGGCGGUGGUAGUCUUUCAGAAAAUGAGUGCUAAAUUGAAUUGUGGAUAGGAAUUCAUGGAAAGAGGCCAGAACCUAAAAGCAUAAGGUAUAUAUUGCUUUGAUAAAAAUGAAUGUAGAUCUUUGAGAGUGGGCUGCAGGAACUGUAAAAUAAAAACUGAAGGAAUUAGCCUUAGACUGAAAAUUCUAGAAAAUGUCGAUAAACCCUUGGUAUGUGGCACCUGUUUCUUUACAGUGGAAUAAUAACCCUGAGUCAUAACUGGAUUUCUGUUUCAUUUAUCUUUCAUCUUAGUAGUUAAUACCCUUCAACUUUCAAUACUCUAAAGUAUUUUAAGUGCCAAAGUACUUGAUUUUCAUGGUGUUUGAUAACAAUAAAUACAGGUAGUAGUUGUUAUCCAUGCAGUUAUUUUAAACAGAUGGGAUAACUGAACACUUCACACUUCUUGGUGUUUCUAAGUGAGUCAUUUAAAGAGUGUGAUUAAUCAUCCUACUAUAAUGGUAUUUUUUUCUACCACCUACAAAAUCUGAAGUAGAUAAGAGAUUUUCAGAUUGUGUGUAUGAAAAGUAGAGAACCUUUAUUUAGGUAGAGGAAGAGUGCAUGUGAUGAACUUUUCAUCUUAAGAAUUUAUAUCUGAGCUUUACUGUGCAGAAAUAUGAUCCAGUAAGUCAGUUACUUGUUUUCAAAAGGUUUACCUGACCUUUUUCUGUGGUACUUGUCUCAAGUUCUAAGUCAUCUGGGUCAGAGGGACUUUCCUUAACAUUCAGUGCUCUGUGGAUUUGGCAUUUUCAGAACAAUAGUCAAGUGCUGGUGUUCCCAGGACAAACUUAGUGUUUCCUGUAUGUUGAGUGAAGUGAGGGGUGCUGUUGCGUUUGUUUUUAGUAACCAAGGUGAUGGAACAAAAACCUGGAUGAGAAUUUCCUGAUUUGAACAUAGCCACUGUGCGAAAUGGAAGUCAGCAAUUAUUUACACCUUGUGAGGCUGAGCAAUGAGAGCAAUAGUACUGGGGGCAGGAGGGGAAGCCAGCUCUUAAGGGCAAUAGAAAAUGUUUUGAAAGGGAGGUACUUAGUUUUGACUUAUUUUAAGUUAGUUAAAGAACAAAGAGGGAAUUGUUAGAUGCAUUGAGAUACCAUAUGAAAUAUAGAAGACAGAUUGGGGGGUGAUUCUUUGGGAAGGGAUGUUUAGAAGUAUGGUUACCUAAGGGGAAGAAAGAAGUAGCAUAUGGGGAGGAAAAGGAGGAGACCAAGGAUGCAUCAGAAUGGAUCCCACAAAGAACAUGAGAAAGGGUGGCUUGGCAUUAUCGCCAUGGAUCAUUCUCGGCACCGUGCAGGGAAUGGCAAUGAGCAGGCGUCUUCACGAGAACGCAGUUACGGUGAAGAGGAGAGACAACGACAGCUAGAGCGCCUCGGUAGGGAGGAGGCUUAUUACCAAUUCAUUAAUGAACUCAAUGAGGAAGACUACAGGUUAAUGAGAGACCGCAACCUGCUUGGCACUCCUGGAGAAAUAACAGCAGAAGAGUUGCAGCAACGUUUGGAGGGGGCUAAGGAGUGUCUUGCAUCACAGACUGAUCCUGAAAACAGAGACAGUGAAGGCAGAACAACUGGAGAUUCUGAUGUUCUUGGAGAAAGCUCAAAUGGUGACUCUUUGCUUGAAUGGCUGAACACAUUUCGUCGCACAGGAAAUGCCACUCGCAGUGGACAGAGUGGGAACCAAACUUGGAGAGCUGUGAGUCGAACAAAUCCAAACAGUGGGGAGUUCAGAUUUAGUCUUGAAAUCAACAUAAAUCAUGAACGUAACAAUUUUGAAACUGCUGGUGAAGAGUAUGUGGGUAUAGAUAGUAGCAGAAUGUAUUUAGACAGAAGGCAUCAAAGAUCUGUCAGUCCAGUAACUACACGAACAAGGAGCAGGACCUCAAGAGAGGCAAACAGUGACGCUUCAAGCACUGCAAGGACCAGGUCUGUAAGAAGUUCAGUGACACAAAGCUCUGAAGCAGCCUCUCACCCAGUCUCUGGGAGGCUCAGAAGUAGAGCUAGGGAGUCGUCAGGCCUUUAUAGAACAACUACUGUACGUAAUAGUUCUACAGCUACUGGUGAACAAAGAGAAAUGCCAGAAAGAGGUACUUCUACAGGACUUCCAAGAGGUAGAGCUAAUGUUCGGAUGAGUACAAACCAAAGACUGGAAAUUCUGCGGUUAAGGUCUACUUUGAGUAGUCGAAGCCGCUCUCCGCUGCAACGACAAGAUGACACUGCCCAUUCUGAGGAGCAUGGGCAAGAUAGAAGUACACAACAAACCAACAGAAGUAGAAGACAGACGGUGCAACUUUCUCCACAGGCAGCCGAAGAACAAGCAAGGGGUAACACUCAGACUUCCCAACUGUCCAGUGCUUCCCCUUCCUUGGGAAUAACUUUCGAAGAGGAGGAAUCUAGUAGGCCAAUAGCUGCUGUUAGAAGGCAUCCAACAAUUACAUUAGAUCUUCAGGUGAGAAGAAUUCGUCCUGGAGAAAACAGAGAUCGGGAUAGUAUUGCUAGUAGAACUCGUUCUAGAGUAGGAAUGGCAGAAAACACUGUUACUUUUGAAAGUGACAGCGGGGGCUUUCGACGUACGAUAUCACGAUCAGAACGUGCUGGUAUUCGAACCUACGUUAGCACUAUACGGAUACCUCUUCGUCGGAUUUCAGAAACUGGACUUGGUGAACCUUCGUCAGUGGCUCUUCGAUCAAUCCUUCGACAAAUUAUGACAGGUUUUGGAGAACUGAGUUCAUUAAUGGAGACAGAAUCUAACUCAGAAAUGCAAAGAGGUGGUCAUCACUUACCAGGUGUGCACUCAGAGCAGAGUAACUCAAAUUUGGUAAACAAUAGCAGUGAUCCAAGUGAGAUUUCUUCUAGGAAUGGGCGUGCUGUAGAAGGCAGCGGUGAAACAAAUGGACAGAGCGAUGUUCCUCAACAUUAUGGUCGCAAUAAUGAAAGUCAAGAUAACAGACAGUCUCAAGAUGCUAACAACCUAGUGGAAAAUGGAACACUGCCCAUUCUUCGACUUGCUCACUUCUUCUUGCUGAAUGAAGAUGAUGAUGAUGAGCGUUUAAGAGGUUUAACCAAAGAACAGAUUGACAAUCUUUCUACCCGGAACUAUGGGGAUAUUAACACUGAGAAUGACAUAAGUAAAACAUGUAGUGUUUGCAUUAAUGAAUAUGUAACAGGAAAUAAGCUAAGGCAGUUACCUUGCAUGCAUGAGUUUCAUAUUCAUUGUAUUGAUCGCUGGCUUUCAGAAAAUUCUACUUGCCCAAUUUGUCGGCAGCCCGUAUUAGGGUCUAACGCCACAGACAAUGGCUAAAAUUAUUUGUACUACUCAGUACUCAAGGAUUUACUUCUGUUCUAUUUAUGAUGAGCCAGGUGGAAUGAGUUCAGUUGCAUAGGGGUUUGUUUGUGGGGAGAUUUUUGUUAAUUCUUUUAAAAUAAUAGGAAACUUGUCUAAAUCUAGCAAUGUAAAUACUAUUUUUCUCCAAGUGCAGAUCUAGGAGUACAUGUAGAACCAAAUGUUAUCAGUAAAGUUUAUAUUUUUUUAGAUAAUUUUGUUAUGCUAAGCACUUUUGUAAAUACAGAAAUGCAAUAGUUAAUCAGUCCUGCUUAAUGUAUGUUUUUUUUAACAGUGUAAUGGACUCACUUUUAUUUAGAUUAUGAAAUGUUUCACACAGACUCACCACUGUGCUGAAAAAUUAGUGUCUAAAUAGCCAUUCAUUAGCUUUUUGUUCUAAGAACAAUUUCUUUUACAGAGAGUCUCUUGCUGGACAUGUUUGCUAAAGAUAUUUAAGUUACUUGAAGUGCUCCUUUUAAUAUACAGUAUAUUUUUUUUAACAUUGAAAUAUCCUUUCAAAAAACUUGCCAAUUUGGUUCUAUUUGAAAUUUUUAUGGCAAUUUUUGCAUGUGGUUUUACACAAUGCUUAAUGCUGACAAGUUCAUAUUCAAAAACGGAUGGGUUAGUGACAUUAUAAAAUGUACAUAAUUUAAUGCUGUCUCUGACAAUCGCUGUCUUUUCAAUACAGGCAGCAAUCAAAUCAAUGAUAAUUCCAAGAAGAUGUGUCUUACUGAACAUAGGUACUUGUUCAAAGAAUAAAUAAGCAUUGAGGAAGCCUUUUUACUGUUCCAAACUACUCAAUUGAUAUUCAUGUUCUUUUUUAACUGCCUUAGUUUAAAGAGGGAAAUAAUUCCUUGACCAUUAUAUUGUCUACAAUAUGCAUGAUUUCUGCAUCCUACUCAGAAAAACAAAACAAAAGCUUAAAAUGUUUUUGUAUAGAAAUCUCACAGGUACAUAUAUAAUGUUAGUUCUCUUAAAACAUGUCUGAGGACCAAAUGGGAAAAGACACUAAAAAGGACAAAAGAAGCUUCCUUUAAAGUCCCCAGAUUCCUGUACAAUUAGAUAUUAAACUUUAUACCAAUAACUUAUAAAGAAAUAAAGUUGCAAAGUAAAUAA